GGCAAUACAAACCAGCAGCAGAGUAGAAUACGCAGAAUGAGAAGGAGAAGAAGAACAACAAUCACUUUUUGUACGCUAUAUUAAACUAAUAACAAACAACUAAGAUAAUACACUUACACUUUUUAUAAGGGGACAAAAGCAGUGUCGCUGUCGUCGUCGAUUAAGACGAAACACUCCAAUUUUGUACUCUUGAUGAUAUUUAUUAUCCUUCAUUACUGCCAACUUUGAGUGCAAAUGUAUUUAUGCAGACGAGUAGAAUAAUAUUUAUUAGCAAGAUAAAAAGUGCAAGUGCUGCUGCUUUGUUGACCACCAACCGUCAAUCAAAAAAUUAAGGACAGGAGUGAGCGCAAGGUUUGCUGGUCUUGCUUGGAGCAGGUUAGUACAAAAAGAAUAGUGUAUGGUGUGGUGGAGUAAGCGAGUGGUGUGAGGAGAGGAAAAAUUCUUUAAAAAGACAGGAAAACAGGACCCAAGUAAAACAAGAUAAAAGACAAUAUUCCAAAGAACGAGUACUAGUAUUGGGGACUGAUUAGGGUUUGGACAACGAUUCUGUUCGUGGAAUUGGCAAUGAGCAGUGGAUAUUCAAGUUUAGACGAAGUGGAUAAGGCCGUGGCAUCAUUCAACAUGUCAAGUCCUUCUGAAACAAAUGAUAGUAUCAAUUCCAACAUUAACAGCUCAAAUGCAAACAACAUGACCCCAGAGGAAGACGAAGAUCAUAACAACCAGAGACCACCAUUGAUCUCAUCCGGGGGAACCAACGGAUCUUCUUUCCUCCCCUCGUCCUCGCUGUCCACAUCCUCUUCGGCUUCGUCCUCAAUUGGAGGACAGACUGGACUUGCACCACCUCCUUUGGGACAGUGGGUCCGUCUGAAUGUGGGAGGGACUCUUUUUCUUACAACAAAGACAACCUUGUGUCGGGAUCCAAAGUCGUUUCUUCAAAGAUUGUGUCAAGAAGACUCCGACCUUAUUUCGUACAAAGAUGAGACUGGAGCUUAUUUAAUAGAUCGGGAUCCAACGUAUUUCGGGCCAGUGCUCAACUACCUUCGUCACGGAAAAUUAGUUAUCAAUAAGGAUUUGGCCGAAGAAGGUGUGUUGGAAGAAGCUGAAUUUUAUAACAUAAUGGAAUUGAUCAAGCUCGUGAAAGACAGGAUAAGAAGACGAGACUUGCGAGGUGGUCAGCUGGACAAGAAGCACGUGUAUCGUGUUUUGCAGUGUCAUGAGGAUGAGUUGACCCAAAUGGUGUCCACAAUGUCUGAUGGGUGGAAAUUUGAGCAGUUGGUCAAUAUUGGUUCUCAGUACAAUUACGGAAAUGGUGAUCAUUCCGAGUUCCUCUGUGUCGUGUCUCGAGAAUGUAUUGAUUCUGGCAAUUCUAGCGUCCAAGACCAAUCCAAUGAUCGUGCAAAGGUGUUGCAGCAAAAAGGCUCCAGAAUGUAAUAACAAAAAUACGAAAAACGAUUUUAGAAAUUAGCUAACUCGUUGUUACUGUCCGUGUGCCCUCGUACAUAUUGUUCAUAACCUAUAUACCCUUGCAUUCUAUAUAUGUGGGUCGUACGCCACGUUGUUACAUGUGACGUUGUCGUGAUGAUUCCAUAUUUUAAUUUGAUGAUAUUUUGCACUGGAAAUAUUUUGAUGACGUUUCAAACGACUCGUAAUUAUGGAUUGUAAUUAUUUAAACCAAAAUGCAACUUUUAAAACUUGUUUUAAUGCUUGUCUAUGAACCCGUCAAAUGAUUAAAGUUAGUUUCAAUUUCGAGUAAGAAGAAUGUGUUACCAAACUUGUAGUCUGAGUUGAGUUAAAUCUACUGGACGUUUACGUAGAAUACUUUUACAUAAUUAUUUAUUAUUAUUAUAGGAUUAAUUUUAUAUUGAUGGUUUUGCAAGUACGUACAACGUAAGAAUAAUUACGUAAAACCUUAAAUUAUUUGUUAUGAACGGUUCAAUUAUAUUUAAUUAUUCUUGUGAGAAUGCUUUUGUUACAUGAAUAUUUAUUUGAUUUGAAAGUUUGAGAAAUCAGUGAUAAUAUCCAACAAACAAGUUAUUGUUACAAACAUGAUCCGUAUUCAAAACUGAUUGAUCAAACCCAUAUUUGCACUUUUAUAUAUUAAUAUUGAUGUCGUUUGUUACAACAAAACCAAACUAUAUAUAAAAUAUAUGUACGAUAUACAAGAUAAGACUAUACAAUUGUAAAAUAUUUACAACAAUGUUUUAUAACGCGACUUGUGGCUUCAAAUUUCAAUCGAUCAAUGAAGAUCUACGCAACUAUAAAGAGCUAUAGAAAAUAUGUGUACUACGUCGUACGUGUUUUAUUACAGGUUUAGAAUACAUACUUAAUAUCCAUUUGGACGUUUUACAUAUGAAUAUAUUAAUGUAUAAAAAUAGUGAUUGGGAUACACUAAAACUUGUAUUUGUAAAGACAGUGUGUUGUUAAAAGUUUAUUAAAAGUGAAUAAUAAUUGA